AUGGCCUCCACUGGUCUGCAAAUCCUGGGACUCGUCCUGACGCUGCUGGGCUGGGUGAAUGCCCUGGUGUCCUGUGUCCUGCCCACGUGGAAGGUAACCGCCUUCAUCGGCGACAACAUCAUGUUGGCCCAGGACACGUGGGAGGGGCUGUGGAUGUCCUGUGUGGUGCAGAACACUGGCCAGAUGGAGUGCAAGGUGUACGACUCGUUGCUGGGGCUGCCCCAGGACCUACAGGCCGCCCGUGCCCUCUGCGUCAUCACCCUCCUGGUGACCCUGCUUGGACUGCUGGUCUGCAUCGCGGGGAUCAAUUAUACCACGUGUGUGGAGGACAAGGACCUCAAGGCUCGUUUGGUGCUCACCUCUGGGAUCAUCUUCAUCAUCUCGGGUGUGCUGGCCCUCAUCCCGACCUGCUGGACUGCCAACUCCAUCAUCCGGGACUUCUACGACCCUUUGGUAGCUGAAUCUCGGAAGCAGGAGCUGGGGUCCUCACUCUUCCUGGGCUGGGCUGCCUCCAUCUUGUUUUUGCUGGGUGGAGGUCUCCUGUGCUGCACAUGUCCCUCUGGGAGAUCCCGGAGCACGAAUCAUUAUAUGGCCCACUACUCAGCCUCUGCUCCACAGGGCACCCCUCGGCCCUCUGAGUACCCCACAAAAAAUUAUGUCUGA